CAGACCCUGACCGUAAGGCUGUAUCGGUGGGUUUCAGUGGGUAUCGUUACCAUACAUACGUCUGCCGGACAAUACCGUCAGGCUGCAGCCUGCCAUUCAUCCUCCGGUUCCUGGGAAUUCCCGCAAGUGCGGACAGUGAAGGAACUUCAAAGCGAAAUGCCAUGGCCAGACCACACUCUUCUUCCAUCCAUUCUACCGCGAACAGCCCGUCGGUGAUGGUCUCUCCCACCCGUUUGGUCAAGCGCUUUGUGCGCCGGACGUGCCGACAUGACUGGAAAUGGCUGAUCGCAUCAGCAGCGUUGAUCUGGCUGUCAGCCGCGGUCUGUCUGUACGUGCUGUUGGCAUACUAUCUGGCCGAGGAUCUCCGUCUCGUUCCGGAGACGAUUCAGCGGGCACGGAAUGUGCUUCUCGUGACCGCCCAUCCCGAUGAUGAGACCUUGUUCUUCAGCCCGACUAUCCUCCAUGGCCAUGACAACCCGGAUGUCACCCGUGCCUUGUUGGUCUUAUCCACAGGUGACUACAAUGGCCUCGGAGACAUUCGUAAAGGGGAGAUCGAACGCAGUUGUGCCGCGCUGGGCAUCCAACCCGCUCGCUGUGUGGUGCUGGAGCAUGGCGCAUUGCAGGAUAAUCCAAAGAAGUGGUGGCGCGAGGAUGUCAUUCAAGAUAUCGUGGCGCAUUACGUCCAUAUGUGGAAAACCGACCUGAUCUUCACGUUCGAUCAUGGUGGCGUCUCCGGCCACAUUAACCACCGGGCUGUCAGUGCGGGAGUGCUGAACUACGCGCAAACCUUCCCUCACACGCCACCCAUCUACGCCCUACAGAGUACCUUUCUCCUACGCAAGUACUCAUCGCUGCUCGACUUGGUGCUCACCUCGGUGCCAUUCUCCUGGCGCAUUACCAAAGCGCUCUUUACACGGCAUGGAAAAUUGCUCGUGGGAGGACAGGAUCUCUACGGCGACAAAGCACUGCUGGUCAGUCCGUGGCGGACCUAUCUCAUCGCACGGGCUGCGUUCAGUCAACAUGCGAGUCAAUACUCCUGGGAUCGGGUACUGUACUUGGUAGUUAGUCGGUACAUGUGGCUUAACAAUCUGUACCGCAUUGCAUAGAUUCAUUCAUUCCUCAUAUCAUGCCUCGUAUACUGCAUAUUCCAUAAAAUGUUCAAAU